GGUGUCCUCCUCCUACGGCAAGCCGGAGGUAGCAAGAUGGCGGCCGCAGAGGAAGGCGGUGGUGCCGCGGCCGGAGCGGACCGGGAAUUGGAGGAGCUUCUGGAAAGUGCUCUUGAUGAUUUCGAUAAAGCCAAACCCUCCCCAGCACCCCUUCCUACCACCACGGCCCCCGAUGCAUCGGGGCCCCAGAAGAGAUCGCCAGGAGACACUGCCAAAGAUGCCCUUUUCGCCUCCCAAGAGAAGUUUUUCCAGGAGCUGUUUGACAGUGAGCUGGCUUCCCAAGCCACUGCAGAGUUUGAGAAAGCAAUGAAGGAGUUGGCUGAGGAAGAGCCCCACCUGGUGGAGCAGUUCCAGAAGCUCUCAGAAGCUGCCGGGAGAGUGGGCAGUGAUGCGACCUCCCAACAAGAAUUUACUUCUUGCCUGAAGGAGACACUAAGUGGACUAGCCAAAAACGCCACUGACCUUCAGAACUCAGGCAUGUCAGAAGAGGAGCUGACCAAGGCCAUGGAAGGGCUGGGCAUGGAUGAAGGGGAUGGAGAAGGGAACAUUCUCCCCAUCAUGCAGAGUAUUAUGCAGAACCUGUUGUCCAAGGAUGUACUAUAUCCAUCACUGAAGGAGAUCACAGAAAAGUAUCCAGAAUGGUUACAGAGUCACCGGGAAUCUCUACCCCCAGAGCAGUAUGAAAAAUACCAGGAGCAGCACAGUGUCAUGGGCAAAAUAUGUGAACAGUUUGAGGCAGAGACACCUACAGACAAUGAGGCCACCCAGAAGGCUCGUUUUGAGAUGGUGCUGGAUCUUAUGCAGCAGCUACAGGAUUUGGGCCAUCCUCCAAAAGAACUGGCUGGGGAGAUGCCUCCUGGCCUCAACUUUGACCUGGAUGCCCUCAAUCUGUCGGGCCCACCAGGUGCCAGUGGUGAACAGUGUCUGAUCAUGUGAAACACAUCACGUGUUGCUCCCUGAGUCCCAGCCAUGGGGAACAUCUGGAGUCAGCAGAACCAUUGGGAACUGAGGCAGUAAUGUCAUCUGCUGGAGCAGUCUGCCCACUGGCCUCUCAUCCCAUCCAAGACUGUGCCAUGCCACCUGAGGCUUUUCCUCUUCCUAGGAAUAGGAUCUGCUCUGCAGGCCAUUUCUGUGAGCCCUACUGCCUUGUGGUUUUGCUGCUAACAAAGGCCCGGCUGCCAGGUGAAGGAAGGCAUCUCUUUGAGGACAUGUGUCUUCCUCUCACUCCAAAAUGUUGUAUGUGGCCACACUGAUGCCCAGGGUCUUUGCGCCUUGUCUCUACUCCCUCUUUUAUCUAGAGAGUAGGGGCAGAGUUCUGAGAUUCUGUAUUUCUACAGUUUUCUCAGGCAGAAUGAAAAUGGGGAGAGACUUAGCCUGGGCUGGGGCUGUAAGUCUGUCACUAUGUCCUCUAACUUUUAGACAAACUAUUGUGAAUUCCCCGAAGAGAAAGGGCUUUUGCGUGUAAUCAGAGUGGAGUUAGAAGAGAAGCCUGGGAUUCUCCUCUCUCUAGGUGCUGAGCCCUCAACUCCCUAUUCCAACCCGAGAACUCGAGUUAUUACCUGGUCUUUCCUACUAUGCUGUUUGGUCUGGGUGAGCCCAGCCCUUGACUGCCUUCUUUUGCCUGUCCUCUUACCACCCACUGUAAGAUACUUGUUUAUUCCAACCCUGCUGAGUCCAAGCUAUUACAAAGAAGGGCCCAUCGUUUUUUCUUAUUAUCUAGUUCAUCCACCUCUCACUGACUCCUUCUGUCCCUGGAAAACUUGAUGGUAGUAUCAGAUCAGAGAAAUGAAAAGACCAUUCUUCCCAAAUACAUUCUGACUUAUUUAAUACACCCAGUUCCCUUAGAAUCCUUGGUUCAGGAAGGGAAAGGGGGAGGGACGUAGCCUGGGUUCCCUUUCCUGCAGGCCCUUUGGGGCAGUGUCUAAUAAAUAUUGUGAGUGAGA